AUGGAGCUCACCACCAUCUGCCUUACCGUUCUUAUCAUAACUUUCCUUCUGAUUGGAAACUCACCAAUCCAGAUGCCACAAGAGGCCUGGGGCUAUAGUCUUGCUACGGUAUUCUUUGCCGUUAUAGGAGGGGCAUCAUUCUUUGGCCAGAUCAUCCAUACGGCCCUCCCAGAGCUUCAUAGAACACAUAACAACCCUGAGGACUACUUUGAGCAUCUAUCAAAGAUCUUGCGUCAGGGCCAAGUCAAGUUCAGUGCACAUGAUCACCGCAAGUACGGCAUCUGUUGUGACCAAGAGGGGCACUGUAUAUUUUGUCUCGAUCUUCAGGAUAGGGAAGAUGAGGAAAUGCUAGCCUUUCUGAGAAUGUUUGCACAGUGGAUUUGA